CUAUUUAUUGUACCAAACAAAGCAUAGUGAUUAUAAGUGCAAUGGCGGAUUUUCCCACAAAAACUACUUAACCACCAAACACACCUUAACAUAUCAAACCCUCAUCUCUCUCUCAACUCACUCUCUCUCUCCAAUCUCCAGAUUCACGUUGUUGUCUCAUCUCAGUACAUCUUCAUUCAAGUGUCUAAGAUGGCAGCAACAUCAGCAGCAGCUACCUUGUCAUUUGGGGCAACUGCUUCCCAUGGCUCAAGAAUGAGCUCACUUUCGAAUUCGAAGUCUUGUGCUUUGAAGGUCAACGCGCAUAACUCGCUUCAGAGUUUUACUGGUCUCAAGGCAGCUGGAUCGGUGAGAUUUGAAUCAGAAUCAUCAUCUUUCCUAGGAAGGGAAAGCAGUGCAGCUCUUCAAAGCUCUUUUGCUCUAAAACCUCGAAAGGCAUUCCCAAAUUCGUCAAAUUCUUAUAAUCUCUUGCAGCCUCAAGCUUCUUACAAAGUAGCUGUUCUUGGAGCUGCUGGAGGGAUCGGUCAGCCAUUGUCCCUUCUUAUUAAGAUGUCUCCAUUGGUUUCUUCCCUACACCUUUAUGAUAUAGCAAAUGUUAAAGGAGUUGCUGCUGAUCUUAGUCACUGCAACACACCCUCUGAAGUUAUUGAUUUCACUGGACAUGGUGAGUUAGCCAAUUGUUUGAAAGGCGUAAAUGUUGUUGUCAUUCCUGCUGGAGUUCCGAGAAAGCCUGGAAUGACUCGUGAUGACCUAUUCAACAUCAAUGCCGGUAUAGUAAAGACACUAAUCGAGGCUGUUGCUGACAACUGCCCUGAUGCCUUUAUCCACAUUAUCAGUAAUCCAGUCAACUCAACCGUCCCGAUUGCUGCAGAAAUCCUUAAACAGAAGGGUGUUUACGAUCCCAAAAAGCUUUUUGGUGUCUCUACACUCGAUGUUGUGAGAGCCAAUACAUUUGUUGCUCAGAAAAAGAACCUGAAACUGAUUGAUGUUGAUGUCCCGGUUGUGGGGGGACAUGCUGGUAUAACUAUUCUGCCGCUGUUAUCAAAGACUAAACCAUCAGUAAGUUUCACUGAUGAAGAAAUUCAAGAGCUAACCGCUAGAAUUCAAAACGCGGGAACAGAAGUUGUAGAGGCUAAAGCAGGUGCAGGGUCUGCAACUUUGUCGAUGGCAUAUGCAGCAGCUAGAUUUGUCGAGUCAUCUCUUCGUGCACUUGAUGGAGACGGUGAUGUCUAUGAAUGUGCCUAUGUGCAGUCUGAUCUGACCGAGCUUCCAUUCUUUGCAUCACGAAUUAAGCUUGGAAGAGAUGGUGUUGAAGCUUUAAUACCAUCAGACCUUCAAGGGUUGACGGAGUACGAACAAAAGGCUUUGGAAGCUCUUAAGCCAGAGUUGAAGGCCAGCAUUGAAAAGGGCUUUGGAUUUGCUCAGAAACAAGCGGUUGCUGCUGCAUAGAUUUGAUUUCCAGUAUUUCGAAACCAACACAUCUUUUGAAGAAAGAGAGAGAGAACAGUUUAAAUAAUAAUUGUGCGCGGAUUAAACAUUAAUUUCGUCAGUUCUUUUGUUUCAACUAUGUAGAAUUACAAGUUUUUGUUCCCUAAUUCUUCUAUUUCAAAGAAUUUCUUCUUUGGAAGAGUUAUCUCAGAGAACUUUGGUCAGAUAUUGACUAGUAGAGGUAUUGUAUGUUUGGUGGAAAAUAUGUCAUAAUUGGCUUUUUGGAAUAACAUUUCUGGUGCUGUGCUGCAUAAUGUUAUUUAUA